AUGGCCCCUGUUACCCGCGCUGCUCUGUCUCCUGCCAGAAUCCAAGAUAACGUCGGCAGGGUGCUCUCUACUACCCCACGAGGAAGGAAGAUGCCCCACUGCACAAUAUGCCAAAAACCUCGCAAGGGUCACCCGCGGCAGGGUUGCCCGAAUCAGAUGCCUAAGGUUGGAUUAUGGGACGCUCCCACAUCCAACCUUGCCGGCAAUCUCAGCUCCCUGCAUCUCGAGUCAGGUGUUGGAAGUGUUCCAUCCCCAGCGAGUCCUACCACAUCUCACCUGAAACGACUAUUGAUGAUAAGACAGGACUUCCCUUCUUUGGACCUCGCGGAUGCCCUGGAUUCUCUACACAUCGAUUCAGAUGUUGCGGAUAUGGUCACCUCCGCUACUUCUAGUGCAUCUACAGCUAUCAAGGACCCCUUCAUGAAGGCUAGGAUUCGACGAAGGCGCGGACACCUCAUGCCUGGCACUUUGUUACAACCCACAAACAGCUCCCUCGUGUCUGAAACAUCGAACCCUCCGUCCAGCCCGCCCAAGGAGACAUUCGAGGAGCUCUUGGUUCCGUUGCAAGAACCAUUGUCUCUCACGCCAACGGGGGAAUCCACUGCGGCUGUCCAUUUGUCGUGUCCGCUCGUCCGCUCCGCAAGCAUGAACGCGCGCAUCGAAUUUCUCGAAGACCUUGAUCAUGUCGCCGCGCGUAUGCCGGUGUCGGUCUACGCUAUUCCUACUGGGGAAGUAGAGCAUUUGCAGCCAUCUGCGAAGAAACUUGGCUUCUCUACAGCCGUGGUUAUCCCGGAACAUAGCAGGCGAGGGAAUGAGGCGCUACUGGUUAUUGGCACGGAAGAUGCCGCGGUCGGAGAUGUACAUGAUAGGUUGACAAAAGAUGUUGACGUCAUGACCAGACGUAACGGUGAGUAUGGGCUGGCCCAGGUUGUAGGAGGAGCAGUAGUCGGUGCAAUGGCUGUAUUUGCGGGAUUAUCUUUGUAA